AUGAGGGUGAGUUGCAUUUUGAGGUCUGGGUUGCUGUUAGUCACUUUGUCUCUUGCUGUUGUCAAGAACAAGCAACCUUCCUUUGCCAAAACUUGUUACCCAAAGGGAACACUUUCCAAAGCUGUUGAUUUCCUCCGUAUGAAGGCACCAUCGUUCAAAGAUACAAUUCCAAAAGACCGCAUUAAACAGAUACGUUUAUUAAAAAAGAAAACAAAAAAGUUAUUUAUGAAAAAUUGCAGAUUCCAAGAUCAACUUCUAUCCUUCUUCAUGGAAGAUGUUUUUGGUAAACUUCCAAAAGAUACCAAGGAAGUAAACUUUGUGGAAGAGUUUUACAGCUUGAGGCAAAAGUUUAGCCACUGUUUUUCCUGUACUCUAUCAACUAGAGAGAUGAAACCCAUUACGAGGAUGAAAAGAAAAUUUUAUGGAAUUGGAACAAAAGGAAUCUACAAAGCCAUCAGUGAACUAGAUAUUCUUCUUUCCUGGAUUAAAAAUUUCUUGGAACGUGUUAAGUAUUAG